AUGGCGGUUGCAGUGGGUGUUAUCGUAGCUAUUUCUUUGUUAAUAUUUGCGAUUUUGUUGUAUCCUUCUCUUGUCGUGUCUCAGUCGUUCAGGCAGCUGAACCUUCCACCGGGAAAAGUAGGCGGUGAGUCCAUCGCCUUUGAGAUUCCCGGCAGUCCGGUAUUAUACACUGGUGUCAGGGAUGGUCAGAUCUUACAGUACCGCGGCCCAAUCGCCGGUUGGCUUGAAUUUGCAUUCACUAAUCCAAUGAGGUCUCGGGCGGUUUGCGACAACACAACCGACCCUGACAUGGGUCCGGUUUGCGGCUACCCAUUGGGUCUGGCCUACAACCCACUGACCAGACAGCUCAUCAUAGCCGACGCCUACCUAGGCCUCCUGACGUCGGGGCCCGACGGCAGGCUGGCCAAGCCGCUCGCCACCGCCGCAGAAGGCGUUCCCUUCGUCGCCACAAACGCAGUGGACGUCGAUCCACUCAGCGGAAACAUCUACUGUUAG